AUGUCUAAGACACUGCCUGUAACAGAGUUCCUUCUGUCUAAAUACUACGAACUGUCGAACACUCCCGCCGCGGACUCGCCGUCGCUUUUCACAUGGCUAUACCACAAGACCCUGUCCCGUAAACAGCUGCUCAUAUCCGACCUGUCCUCCCAGAAAAAACACGCCACCUCUUACGACCAGUGGAACGAUAUAGCGUUGAGACUGGACGGCUUGACAGGCCUUUCCGACUGGAAAACAAUCGACGAGUCUUCGCUGUAUAACUAUAUACUCCUGCGGGAGUUGACUCUCCGUAUGCGCCUACUGAGAACCACUCACGAUUAUCACAGACUGCUUUACCUGAUCAGGACUAAAUGGGUCCGGAAUCUCGGCAAUAUGAACAACGUCAAUUUAUACAGGCACUCGCAUUCGGGCACAAAGCAAAUUAUACAUGACUACCUAGAGGAGUCGCAGGCGGUGCUUAACGCCCUCAUGCACGAAUCAGGCAUGAACGACCAUUACCUCCUGGGUAUCUUACAGCAAACAAGAAGAAACAUAGGCCGCACGGCCCUGGUGCUCAGUGGCGGCAGCACUUUCGGCCUUUUCCAUAUCGGCGUUCUUGCCGCUCUGUUCGAAUCCGACCUCAUGCCCAAAGUGAUUAGCGGCAGCAGUGCUGGCGCCAUCGUUGCCAGUAUAUUUUGUGUCCACACCACGCAGGAAAUCCCUUCCCUGCUGACGAACAUACUUAACAUGGAGUUCAAUAUCUUCAACGACGACAACUCCAAAUCCACCAACGAAAACUUGCUGAUCAAGAUAUCGAGAUUCUGCCAAAAUGGUACCUGGUUCAAUAACAAGCCCUUGAUCAACACAAUGCUGUCGUUUUUGGGCAACUUGACCUUUAGGGAAGCGUACAACAAGACGGGCAAAAUCUUGAACGUCACCGUUUCGCCGGCGUCGAUAUAUGAACAACCGAAACUACUGAACAACUUAACCGCCCCAAACGUCCUUAUAUGGUCCGCCGUAUGCGCAUCUUGUUCGUUGCCCGGUGUUUUCCCCCCCACACCACUUUUCGAGAAGGACCCUCACUCCGGUACGAUCAAAGAAUGGGGGGCAACAAACUUACAUCUAUCCAACAUGAAGUUUAUGGAUGGCUCUGUAGAUAAUGACAUGCCCAUUUCCCGUCUUUCGGAAAUGUUCAAUGUCGACCACAUCAUUGCAUGCCAAGUGAAUAUUCAUGUCUUCCCCCUUUUAAAGUUCUCGAACACAUGUGUAGGGGGUGAAAUUGAAAAGGAAAUCACCGCUCGUUUCAGAAACCAAGUGUCAAAGAUAUUCAAAUUUUUCUCCAACGAAACCAUUCAUUUCCUAGAUAUUCUAAAGGAAUUCGAGUUCCAUCCCUAUCUAAUGACCAAAUUGAAACAUGUUUUCCUGCAGCAGUACUCCGGUAACGUUACCAUCUUGCCCGAUCUGUCCAUGGUCGGCCAACUUCACGAGGUGCUAAAGAACCCAUCUCAACUUUUCCUACUACAUCAAACCACUCUGGGCGCAAGAGCUACGUGGCCGAAAAUGUCCAUGAUUCAAAACAAUUGUGGCCAAGAAUUUGCCCUGGAUAAGGCAAUCACCUUCCUGAAGGAGAAAAUAAUUAUCUCCUCCUCAAUAAGAAACCCCUUACAAUUCUAUCAACAGCAAUUCAGUGGGCAAAUCAAAACUUUGUCCGUAAUGGACGCCGAUCUGCCGGGCGUUGACCUGGAAGAAUCUUCUUCAAACUCGUUAUCGAUCAUCAAGACGCCCAAAAAGGCCACAGGAAGGGUACCACUUCAGCCAAUACCCUCUCCACAUUCUACCUUCAACAAGCGAAAACAACUUUUAGCAUCGCCUUCCCCGUCUCCGCCACAACGUGAAACAUCGUCAUCUACACGGGGUUCAAGACAAAAGGCAAAUUCUUUGUCGUUUGCUAUUGGCUCUUCCAGUUUGAAGUUAAAGAAAUCCCCAUUGAAAAUUCCAUCAAGACCUCCAUUUAAGAAAAGAUCAUCAUACUAUAAUCAAAACAUGUCAGCGGAAAUGAGGAAAAAUAGGAAAAAAUCAGGCACGAUUUCUUCCUAUGAUGUUCAAACAAAUUCGGAAGAUUUUCCCAUUCCAGCCAUUGAAAAUGGUUCCUAUGAUAGUUCUUUGUUCAAUCCAGCUAAAUUUCACAUGGAAGGUAUGUCACCAGCCGCAAACGACAAUUUCAUGAACAAUUCAGACAUUUUCCAAAAUUGA